CAGUGGUGCAAAUAAUUAAGAUUACAUCUCACGUCUUAAGCUCCACGCAAAUCUAGCAAUACUCUCCACGCGAACGCCCAAAGCGCUCCCUAGAAAAACCCCACCACACGCACUUCUUCGGCAUUCAGUUCUGCCUCGCUCUUCUCUUGCUCUGCUAAAACACCCACUUUUCUCAGAGCCGAAAAUGGCAUCGUAUUCUUCUUGCAUGGCAGCAGCAUGUUUGGUGGCGGUGCUCAUUAAUGGGGCGAUGGCUCGGCAGUUCACGGUGGGCGGCAGCGCUGGCUGGGUUCCGCCCGCUUCUGCCACCAUGUCUUACAAUGACUGGGCCGGGAAGAACCGCUUCCUUAUCGGCGAUACCCUCGUGUUUAAGUACAAUCCGAGCGAGGAUGCGGUGGUGCGAGUGAGUGCAGAGGACUACAACAGUUGCAGCACCUCCAAUCCCAUUUCAUCUUUCAAAGAUGGCAACACGGUCUUCCAAUUCCCUGCCCACGGUCCUUUCUACUUCAUCAGCGGCAACUCUUCCAACUGCAACAACGGUGAAAAGCUCAUCGUCCUUGUCCUCGCACCUCGCAACAACACCGCCCAUUUUUCCCAUUCUCCUUCCCCUGCCCCCUCCACCACCGCCGCCGCCACACCCUCCCCUGCCCCCACCACCGCCGCCACCACUCCUUCACCUGCGCCCACCAGCACCGCCGCCACUCCUUCACCUGCGCCCACCACCAACGUUGCGACUCCAUCCCCUGCGCCCACCACCGUUGCCACUCCUUCACCUGCGCCGACCACCACCACCGCCUCUCCAUCCCCUGCCCCCACCACCGUAGUGUCUCCCGCACCAGCGCCGACCACCGUAGUGGCUCCGUCCCCUGCGCCCACAACCAUUGCGACUCCCGUGACUUCACCUAUGGUUGCUCCGAGCAUGAGCCCUGCUAAUUCGGAGCCCCUCAAUACUUCGCCAAGUCCAUCUCCCAUGGUAAAUCCGGGCGGAGCGACCCCUUCUGCCUCCGCGACCGGCCCUGCCGUUUCGUACUUGGUCUAUGCUGCGGUCACCCUUGUGACCGUGGUCUUGUCGGGAACCCCUACACUUUGCAAUUAAUACCUUACUGUGCCAGCCUGUACAGUGUUUAAAAUAAGAUUAUUGUGGUUUGCUCUCGGGCGAGAAAUUUGUUUAUUUUUUAUUGUACGAUUCGAACCGUUAUCGGUAUUUUGAUUUCUGGGCAGAAUUCUAUAUAAUAAAGCUACUUUACUCUUUA